AUGGCUCCUCACCUAGAUAUCGCAGAAAAGCCCGUCUCAAGCAACGGCACAGUGAGCAACAAACUCACACUGCUCCGAGUCUCCGAAACAAACAUCGUCGAUGGAUACGGUAAUCCAGUCGUCCUGAAGGGUGCCGGCCUAGCCGGCCACCUAAACAUGGAAAAUUUCAUCACAGGCUUUUCGGGUCAUGAAUMCCAACUCCGCCAAGCCAUGACUGAAGUACUGGGUCAAACCCUGGCAGACUACUUUUUCGAACGCAUGAUUCAUCAUUGGUUCACUGAACAAGACGCUGAAUUCUUUGCCUCGUUAGGGUUGAACUGCAUACGAUUGCCCUUCAAUUACCGGCAUUUUAUUGACGAUAAACAAAAUCCUCGUGUUUUGAAGCCAGACGGGUUCAGGUAUCUCGACAGAGUGGUGGAGAUCUGUGGCAAAUACAAUUUAUACGUGAUUCUGGAUCUACACAGCGUUCCUGGAGGUCAGAAUCAAGACUGGCAUUGCGACAGUGGUCUGUCAAGGGCAUUGUUUUGGGAAUUCGAACUAUUUCAAGAACAAGUCAUCAAUCUGUGGGUUGCCAUUGCAGGGCGUUACUGCAAUAACCCCAUCAUUGCCGGUUACAAUCCUCUCAACGAACCAGCCGACCCCAACCACAUUGGGUUGUUGAACUGGUAUGACCGCGUCGAGAAGGCCAUUCGGGAAGUCGACCCAAAUCACAUCCUCUUUGUAGAUGGGAAUACCUAUGCCAUGGAUUUCUCGCAUUUUGACCGUGUUCUACCCAACACAGUUUACGCGUGUCACGAUUAUUCGAGGAUGGGAUUCCCUAUCCCUGGUCAGCCGCUGUAUGCUGACACCGACAAUGAUAAAGCAAAACUGAAAUUUCAAUUCGAUCGAAAAGUCCAGUUCAUGCGUGAUUGGAACGUCCCAAUCUGGAACGGCGAAUUUGGGCCUGUCUACCCAAACCCAAAGGAUACGGAUGCUGCUAUAACAACUCAAGCCCGCUUGAACAUGCUCGGCGAACAACUGCGUAUAUACGCCGAUUCUAAUGUUAGCUGGAGCAUUUGGCUGUACAAGGAUAUCGGAUAUCAGGGAAUGGUUUACGUCGAUCCAGAGACACCUUAUAUGAAGCUCAUCGAGUCAUUUAUUGCCAAAAAGCAGCAUCUUGGCCUUGAUUUCUGGGGCUGCACCAACAAAGAAGGGGUGAGCGAUGUGUAUGAGCCAUUCGUUCGACGGUUGAAGGAUAUGGUUCCCAAGCAUUUACAGAAUAAAAAAUAUCCGCCUACAUGGAAGUUUGAUCGUCAAGUCGAACGCGUCGUGAGGGAGUCCUUGAUGAGCGAGUAUUCAGUAUGGGAAUUCGCAGAACUAUUUAAGGGGAAGAACAAAGAAGAGCUAGAGGAAUUAGCAAAGUCGUUCGCAUUCGAGAAUUGUGUCAAAAGGGACAAAUUAAAUGUGGUAUUGAGGAAGGAUGCCGUGGCUGGAAGUCGAUAG